AUGUUUCUGGGCCGAGUUACAGCUAAGAAAAUGCUGGAAUGGAAACGUUUAUUGAUCUUAAUACCAUCUCUCUAUGGUAUUUGUAUAUUUUUGUUGACAUUUUGUUUUUUAACAAAUGGUUUUCACCAAAUCGAUUUGAAUAUUUGUCAAACAUUAAAGUCGUUCAAUUAUACACAUACAUACGUUGAAAUAUUAUUUGUUGUUCUACUCGAUUCGUUACUAUUCAUCGCAUUACCACUGUUGCUCUUCAUUAAACCUCGUCAAAAAUUAGCUUAUUUAUUAAGACGCUAUCGUAUUGUAUUUACCCUGUUUCAAUUAGUUAUCUAUGGUUAUAGUUUAACUAAAUUUUUGAUCUAUUAUGAGUAUACAAACAUUAAAAUUUCACCUCAACAGUUACCAAAACAAUUCACAAAAUGGGAUUUUUUGACAGUUGGAUUUGUAUCGUUUUCGAGUUUACUUGGUAUAGCUGUAUGGCAUAUAUUAUUUUCAAUUAUCAAACAGUCAUAUCCAACAGUAACAGAAUCUGAACAAGUCGACACUGAACGACAACGAUUAAUCAAUCAUGAUGUAGUUUCUCGAUCAUACGUUGAAGAAAAUACAACACAAACAUCCAAUGAUACCAGUGAGAAUGUCAAUAAUAAUGUAAAUUUAUCAGAAAAAGUAAAAGAGACAACUGGCUCAUGGUUUCGAAUAAUGAAAGUUGGUCUUCCUGAAUGGCGUUUGUAUUGUCUAGGGUUUCUAUGUUUACUUAUAGCUGCUGCAUGCGAAGUAUUCCUACCGUUAUAUUCAGGAAAAAUAAUAAAUUCUGUUGUUACAGACCAUAAUAUACAAGCAUUUAAAAUUGAUCUAAUCUGGUACCUCGGUUUAUCUGUGGCUUAUGUUAUAGCCAGUGGCGUAAGAGGGUUUUUGUUCACUAUAACAAUGACGAAUUUAGCACAACGAUUAAGAAAUCAAUUAUUUUCAAGAAUCAUGGCACAGGAUAUUCAAUUUUUUGAUGAAACGAAGACUGGCGAUAUAACAUCACGUUUAACAUCUGACAUUUCAACCGUUAGUGAAUCAAUUUCAGUAAAUUUUAAUGUAUUUCUACGCUCAACAGUUAAAGCUGUGGAGGUAUCAAAUGAAGCAGCUGUGAUAGCUGAAGAUGAUGCUGUAGUUGUUUCAUUAAUAGAUGAACUUGAUGAAUUUUUCAUAGAUACAGAAGUCGAUGUUCGAGUGUAUUCUCUUAUUGUACUCUCAGAACUUGAACAUGAGAACGACGAUGAAGAAGUGUCUAUUGUCGAUGUUGCUUUUCAACAUCAUCCCGUUCAACUCGGUACAGUUGUGAUGAUGUUGUAUCUAUCAUGGAGUUUAUUUAUUUUGUCACUUAUCACUGGUCCAUUAUGUUUUGGUACAGCAAAAUUAUAUGGAAAUUUAAUGGAGACACAACAAAAGAAAAUUCAAGAUGCAUUAGCUAAAAGUAAUUCAUUGGCAGAAGAAGCAAUAUCAACGGUGAGAACAGUGAAAAGUUUUGCUAAUGAAAAUGAAGAAGCUCGCUUAUUUUCAAAACAAAAUGAUGUUGUGCGACAGUUGACUAUUAAACAAGCAUUUUAUUAUUUUGCCUAUAUGUGGAAUGGUCAAAUAUUAUCUGUUGCCUUGAGUCUUGGCAGUUUAGCUUUUGGCGGUCAUUUGGUAUUAAAUAAUAAAUUAAGUGGACAGAAUUUUGUUUCAUUUUUAUUAUAUCAAAUGUCAUUGGCUGAUAUUCUAGAUAAUAUCAACAAUGUUUAUACGGGAUUGAUGAAAGCAUCUGGAGCUUCAGCAAAAGUGUUUGAAUAUAUUGAUCGUAAACCAAAAACUGUUAAUAAUGGAACAUAUAAACCAGAUCAAUUUGAGGGGAAAAUUGAAUUUAAAAAUGUAACGUUUAGUUUUCCAAAUCGUAAAGAGGAUGCAGUAUUAAAGAAUGUGUCAUUUACUGUUGAACCGGGUCAACAAGUUGCUUUAGUGGGUCCUAGUGGCAGUGGUAAAACAACGUGUAUUAGUCUAUUGGAACAUUUUUAUGAUACAGAUGCAGGUGAAAUAUUAGUUGACUCGAUACCGAUUGAUCAAUAUGAUUACAAAUAUUAUCAUCAAAAAAUAUCUUUAGUCAGUCAAGAACCUGUUUUACAUGCUCGUUCCAUCAAAGAUAAUAUACAAUAUGGUAUGGAUGAACCGGUUUCACAACAAGAAAUAGAACGUAUUUCUUUAAUGGCUAAUGCACAUAUGUUCAUAUCUGACUUCGCUAAAGGCUAUGAGACAGAGGCUGGUGAAAGAGGACAACAAAUGGCUGGAGGGCAGAAACAACGCGUGAGCAUUGCACGUGCCUUAAUUCGACAACCAAAAAUACUCUUACUGGAUGAAGCAACUUCGGCUCUCGACGCUGAAGCAGAAGCACAGGUUCAAGAUGCAAUUUCAAGAACAGUUAUUGGUCGAACUGUUUUAAUUAUAGCACAUCGUUUGAGUACAAUUCGUAAUGCUGAUAAAAUCAUUGUUAUACAUCAUGGGAAAAUCGUCGAUGAAGGUACCCAUUAUCAACUGAUUGCCAAAAGAGGACUUUAUUAUGAUUUAGUCAAACGUCAAACAGAGAUGGAUGGGGAUCCACAUUUUUGUGGCAAAGCAACAAUCGAAAAAUUACCUCAAUCUGGCUAUUUAUAUUGGCAAGAUAUUCACAAUUUCAAUCAAAAUUCAUUUUAUAAUUUAUGUUUACCACAACAAGAAGCAAAAGAAAGUUAA